AGUAAGGCAGAGGUGAUAGCUGCAGGCAGCACAGACUCACACACACUCUCUCACUCUCUCUCUCUCACACACACAUUCACUCUCUCACACACUCACAGUCGCUCUCUCUCUCUCUCUUUUACCCACACCAAUUCACACACAUACACACACACACACAGAGGGGGCUUAGGGGGCAUCUAUUUUAAAACAUACACUAGUUAAGAACAAGACAAACAACACACACAAACACAAACACAAACACACAGAGACACUCUGUUUCACUCACCUUUGACACACUCACACACUCAACACACAAACUCUUAAAACACACACACACACACACUCUCUCUCUCUCUCUCUCUUUUAUCUACUGCUAAGACUUCUUUGUGCUGAGUGAAGUCCUCAGACAGAGCAGGAGAGGACACAAGAGAAGAAGAGAGAAGAGGAGAGGAGAGGAGAAGGAGAAUACAAGACAAAGAACAGAGGAGAAAAGAGGAGAAAAGAAAAGAAGAGAGAAGAGAAGAGUAUCAGAGAGGAGUGUGAAAGGGCCACUACAGGAGCUGCCGUACGGAUUUGGAGGCUUUACUCCCCACUUCCAGGAUUUCACUGGGGAGAGUGUGUGCAAGUGUGUGUGUGUGUGAGUGAGUGAGUGUGUGUGCGAUUGUGUGUGUGAGUGUAUUUGUGUGUGUGUUUGACCGCCAUUGCUCUGGGCUAUCUCUUGGAGAGGAAGCCGAAGAGCAGAGAGCAGAGGACAGGAGAGGACAACACACACACACACACACACACACACACAGACAGAUACAGACGGAGGAGACUAUCCACACACACACACACACACACAAGCCGCAGACCGGAGACUAUCCACACACACACACACACACUAUCCAGACAAACAGAUCCCGUCUCGGACCUGGGAAGACGUGUGGACCUUAUCCCCCAGUGAGCUCCAGGGAGGAGGGGGUGCAGUGCUGUUAGGCUCCCCAGGAGGAGAUGGCUUUGUCUGGGCACACCACUCUGCUGACUGCCCUGGGACUCUGAGGACCUACACACUUACACUGAGCUCCGGGAUACACACAAAGCCAAGCCAAGCCAAGGGGACCACUACAGGUCCAGAGAGGCGUCAGUACCAGAGGGAGCGAGUGUCUGUGUGUGUGAGUCUGUGAGUGUGUGUGUGUCUGUGAGUGUGUGUGAGCGAUGAGGAUGGAUUCCCCUGCGUGUGUGACAUUGCUACUACUGCUGCUGUGCAGCCAGUCAAGCCUGGGGUCAAAGGUGAAAGUUGAGGAGAUCCAGAGCAGCGAGGAGUUCGCCGGGCAGGAGGGCGGGGCCGACUUCCUGGAGGCGGGGCCUGAUGGGGAGAGUGGGCGUGUCCGUCGUGCGGUGCCCAAUGAGGCGGCGUCUGCGGACAGCAAGUGCUCGUACACCUUCAUCGUGCCCCAGAAGAAGGUGACCGGGGCCAUCUGCGUAUCCUCAAAGGAGCCAGAGGGGGGCGCUGGGGGACUGCGCGUACACAAGAGGGAACUGGAGGUGUUGAACGGGGAGCUUCAGAAACAGAAGCGUCAGAUCGAGACACUGCAGACCCUGGUGGAGGUGGAUGGUGGUGUGGUUAACGAGGUGAAGUUGCUUCGUAAGGAGAGUCGCAACAUGAACGCCCGCGUCACCCAGCUGUACAUGCAGCUGCUGCACGAGAUCAUACGCAAGAGGGACACAGCGUUGGAGUUGUCUCAGCUGGAGAAUCGCAUCCUCAACCAGACCGCUGCCAUGCUGACCCUGACCACACGCUACAGAGACCUGGAGCACCAGUACCAGCACCUGGCGUCUCUGGCCAAUAACCAGUCAGCGCUCAUCGCCCGUAUGGAGGAGCAGUGUGGUGGGACAGGACAGCGCCACCCAGUGGUGCCUCCCAGACAGCAGCCUCAGCCACAGCCCAGAGCACCACCACCCCCACCGCCACAGCCCCAGGCCCCUCCCAUUAAGCCUUAUAAGCCGCCUACCUAUCGUAAGGAGCAAAUCACCAACGAGAUACAGAGCGACCAGAACCCCAAGGUCCCGCCCCCUCUACCCACAAUGCCAAGCGGCACUCACACUAACUCAACCACCGACAUGCCCUCAGGUCCAUUUAAAGAUUGUCUCCACGCAUUAGAAGAGGGCCACAGCGGUUCUGGGAUGCGUCUGGUCCAGCCCGAGGCGUCGGGUCGCCUGAUGCAGGUGUGGUGUGAUCAGCGCCAGGACCCGGGCGGCUGGACACUCAUCCAGAGACGCCAGGACGGCUCAGUCAACUUCUUCAGGAACUGGGAGACCUACAAGCAAGGUUUUGGCAACAUAGAUGGGGAGUACUGGCUUGGUCUGGAGAACAUCUACUCGUUGACCAAUCAGGGCAACUACAAGCUGCUGGUCACGCUAGAGGACUGGGCGGGGCGCAAGGUGUUCGCCGAGUACGCCAGCUUCCGAUUGGAGGACGAGAGCGACUUCUACCGACUCCGCGUGGGCCGCUACCAUGGCAACGCCGGCGACUCGCUCACCUGGCACAACGGCAAGCAGUUCACCACCUUGGACCGAGACCACGACGUAUACACAGGUAACUGUGCCCACUACCAGAAGGGGGGGUGGUGGUAUAACUCGUGUGCCCACUCCAACCUGAACGGCGUGUGGUACCGCGGGGGCCACUACCGCAGCCGAUACCAAGAUGGCGUCUACUGGGCCGAGUUCCGGGGCGGAGCCUACUCCCUCAAGAAGGUGGUGAUGAUGAUACGACCCAACCCAGACGCCUUCCACUAGAGAAACGACCCAACCCCGACCCAACCCAGACGCCUUCCACUAGAGAAACGACCCAACCCUGACCCAACCCAGACGCCUUCCACUAGAGAAACGACCCAACCCCGACCCAACCC